AUGGCGGUGGGCGAGGGCGCGCUGGCCCCCCAGGUGCUGACACCUCCCGGGGCCUGGCACGUGGAGGCCAACCCGGGCUCUGCCCACCUGGCUGUCAAUAGCGUCCCCACGCUCCCCAGGGAGCCGCCACGGGAGAGGAGACGGAGGAGGGGGCGAGGCACGCCUGUGGGUGACCUCGUGUGCGGGAAGGACGGUGGCUGGCAGGCAGAGGGUGUGGACGGCGGGGAUCCCUCGGAGAGGCAGAGGACCCAGUGGAGCCCACGCCUCUCAACCGCUCUGUUCCCUGCCCGCCCCAGCGCCAUGCCACCCAGCCACCCCUCGCACCUGCCCAGCCUGAGGCUGGCUCCUGUGUCCACCCCAGUGGGUGGACAGCAGGGCUGCGACAGGUGGGACCGAGGGUGGCAGCCGGAGGCCUGCGCCCAUGCGGCUACUUCCGAGCUGCCAUGGCGAGCAGAGUCCUUGCGACGGGCUUACCGCGAGCCCUCGCCCUUCGCCCUGAGCGAGGAGCGCUGUGUGGCCAAGCUGCGCAGCAGAGGGGCUGGGGCUGAAGGAUGGGAGGACCAGGGCCCUGCGAGGGCAGGGGCUCCAGGAGGCCAUGGGGGCCACGGGGAGUCGUCGGCCACAGCAGCAAAGGCCAGCCUGCAACUUCAGCCCCUGUGGGGUAGAAGGCUGGGGGGCGAGAGGGUCCUGGCGGCAGAGACCACGUCCCAGCAGGAGCGGCUGCAGGCCAUUGCGGAGAAGCGCAGGAGGCAGGCAGAGAUCGAGAGCAAGCGCCGGCAGUUGGAGGACGACCGCAGGCAGCUGCAGCACCUGAAGUCCAAGGCCCUGCGGGAGCGCUGGCUGCUGGAAGGGACGCCGCCCCCGGCCUCCGAGGGGGACGAGGACCUGAGGAAGCAGGUGCAGGAGGACGAGCUGAAGGCGCGGCUCCUGGAGGGCUCCGUCUCCAGGCUGGAGAAGGAGAUCGAGGCGCUGGAAAACGGAGACGUGGUCCCGGCUGCCGUCCCAAGCCCAGCCCGGGGCCCAGCACCAAGCCCGGCCCGGGAGGAGCCUAAGGCAGAGGUGGUGGUGACUUCACAGCAGACCCCGGUGGCCACGCCCAAAGGAGAGAAGCGUGUCCCCAGCACCCCCGUGAGGACAGCUGAUGGCGCCACCAUGAUGAAGGCAGUGGUCCACGCCGUGGAUGGCACCGCCGAGAACGGGAUCCACCCGCUGAGCUCCUCCGAAGUGGACGAGCUCAUCCACAAAGCGGAUGAGGUGACGCUCAGCGAGGCAGGGUCCACAGCCGGGGCCGCCGAGCCGCGGGGGGCCGUGGAGGAGGCCAUCCGGAUCACGCCCUCACGGCGCGGGAUCACUGGCGUGCAGGCACAGCCGGGGGAGGCCACGUCGGGGCCCCCAGGCAUCCAGCCCGGCCAGGAGCCCCCCGUCACUAUGAUCUUCAUGGGCUACCAGAGCGUGGAGGACGAGGCCGAGACCAAGAAGGUGCUGGGGCUUCAAGACACCAUCACGGCGGAGCUGGUGGUCAUCGAAGAUGCGGCUGAGCCCAAGGAGCCCGCGCCGCCCAACGGCAGUGCUGCCGAGCCCCCCGCCGCGGGCUCCACGGCGGAGAGGCUCCGUACCACAGACACCCACCAGCCCGGCCCCCAGGGCCCGCCCGCCCUCCACCCACAGCCUCACGGGCCCCAGGACACGGAGUCGCACCUGUCCCUCCCGAGCGUUCUUCCACGGGAGACAGGGACAGGGUCCCCGCCUGUUACCACGUCCUAA